CUCCCCGCCCCCGCCAGCCGCCCGAGCGGAGCCGCCGCGGCCGGAGCCCGAUGCCGGGAGCUGGGCGCUGAGGGCGGCCCCGAGAUGGGGAUUCUCAGCAUCACGGACCAGCCUCCUCUAGUCCAAGCCAUCUUCAACCGCGACAUAGAGGAAGUGAGGUCGUUGCUGAGCCAGAAGGAGAACAUCAAUGUCCUGGACCAAGAGCGCCGAACACCUCUGCAUGCUGCUGCCUACGUCGGAGAUGUUGCAAUCCUUGAGCUCCUCAUCCUGUCAGGUGCUAAUGUCAACGCCAAGGACAGCAUCUGGCUCACCCCCCUGCACCGCGCCGCCGCCUCGCGCAACGAGAAGGCUCUGCACCUCCUCCUGAAGCACUCAGCAGACGUCAAUGCCCGGGACAAGUUCUGGCAGACCCCCCUGCACGUGGCUGCUGCCAACAGGGCCACCAAGUGCGUGGAGGCCAUCGUGCCCCUGCUGAGCAGCCUGAACGUGGCCGACCGCACCGGGCGCACCGCGCUGCACCACGCCGUGCACAGCGGGCACCUGGAGAUGGUGAACCUGCUGGUGACCAAAGGGGCCAGCCUGAGCACUUGUGACAAGAAGGACAGGCAGCCCAUCCACUGGGCAGCUUUCCUGGGCCAUUUGGAAGUUCUGAAGCUGCUGGUGGCUCGUGGAGCUGAUGUGAUGUGCAAGGACAAGAAGGGCUACACCUUGCUGCACACCGCAGCAGCCAGCGGCCAGAUCGAGGUCGUGAGGCACCUGCUGAGGCUGGGAGUCGAGAUCGAUGAGGCCAACUCCUUCGGGAACACAGCGCUGCACAUCGCCUGCUACAUGGGCCAGGACGCCGUGGCCAACGAGCUGGUCAACUUCGGCGCCAACGUGAACCAGCCCAACGAGAAGGGCUUCACCCCCCUGCACUUCGCCGCCGUCUCCACCAACGGCGCCCUCUGCCUGGAGCUCUUGGUCAACAACGGCGCCGACGUCAACUUCCAGAGCAAGGAAGGGAAGAGUCCCUUGCACAUGGCUGCCAUCCACGGGCGCUUCACACGGUCCCAGAUCCUCAUCCAGAACGGCAGCGAGAUCGACUGCGCCGACAAGUACGGCAAUACCCCCCUGCACGUGGCGGCCCGCUACGGCCACGAGCUGCUCAUUAGCACUUUGAUGACCAAUGGUGCUGACACUGCCAGGCGUGGGAUCCACGACAUGUUCCCUCUGCACUUAGCUGUUCUCUUCGGGUUCUCAGACUGUUGUCGGAAGCUGCUUUCCUCAGGUCAGUUGUACAGCAUCGUGUCCUCGCUCAGCAACGAGCAUGUGCUGUCCGCCGGCUUCGAUAUCAACACCCCCGACAACCUGGGCAGGACCUGCCUGCAUGCUGCUGCUUCUGGAGGGAACGUUGAAUGUCUUAACUUGCUGUUGAGCAGUGGUGCUGACUUGAGGAGGAGAGACAAGUUCGGGAGGACCCCUCUGCACUACGCAGCUGCCAACGGCAGCUACCAGUGUACGGUGACACUGGUGACAGCAGGAGCCAGCAUCAACGAGGCUGACUGCAAAGGCUGCACCCCCCUGCACUAUGCUGCUGCUUCAGACACCUACAGGAGAGCAGAGACUCCUUCAGGUAACAGCCACGACGGCGAUGAGGAGCCCCUGAAGGAGUCAAGGCUGAAGGAGGCUUUCUUCUGUUUGGAAUUCCUGCUGGAUAAUGGUGCUGACCCUUCCCUCCGGGACAAGCAGGGCUACACUGCUGUCCACUACGCAGCUGCCUAUGGCAACAGGCAGAACCUGGAGCUGCUCCUGGAGAUGUCCUUCAACUGCCUGGAGGAUGUGGAGAGCACCAUCCCAGUCAGCCCUUUGCACUUAGCUGCCUACAAUGGUCACUGUGAAGCCCUGAAGACACUUGCUGAGACCCUGGUGAACCUGGACGUGAGGGACCACAAGGGCAGGACUGCUCUGUACCUGGCCACCGAGAGAGGCUCCACCGAGUGCGUGGAGGUCCUGACCAGCCACGGGGCCUCCGCCCUGGUCAAGGAGAGGAAGAGGAAGUGGACACCUCUGCAUGCUGCAGCUGCCAAUGGCAACACAGAUUCCCUGCACCUCCUGCUUGACAGCGGGGAGCGAGCAGACAUCACCGACGUCAUGGACAUCCACGGGCAGACCCCCCUGAUGCUGGCCAUCAUGAACGGCCACGUCGACUGCGUCCACCUGCUGCUGGAGAAGGGCUCCACGGCCGACGCGGCCGACAAGAGGGGCAGGACAGCUCUGCACCGGGGGGCUGUGACAGGCUGUGAGGACUGCUUGGCUGCUCUCCUGGACCACGAUGCCUUUGUCCUCUGUCGGGACUUCAAAGGUAGGACCCCGAUCCACUUCGCCUCGGCCUGCGGACACCUGGAGGUGCUGAGGACCCUUCUGCAAGCUGCCCUCUCCACUGACCCCUUGGACUCUGUGGUGGACUACAGUGGCUUCUCCCCCAUGCACUGGGCUUCCUACAGUGGGCAUGAAGAUUGUCUUGAACUGUUACUUGAACACAACCCGUUCGCGUACCUGGAAGGAAACCCUUUCACUCCAUUGCACUGUGCAGUAAUCAACAACCAGGAUGGCACUGCCGAGAUGCUGGUGGAAGCCUUGGGUGCCAAGAUUGUGAAUAGCAGAGAUGCCAAAGGAAGGACCCCCCUUCACGCUGCUGCCUUUGCAGACAACGUCCAUGGUUUACAGCUGCUCCUGCGCCACCAGGCCGAGGUGGACCCCACAGACAAGCUGGGGAGGACUCCCCUGAUGAUGGCCUCUGAGAACGGCCACACCGCGGCCGUCGAGUUCCUGCUCUACCAAGCAAAAGCGAACAUAACUGUGCUGGAUGUCAACAAGAACACAGCUCUUCACCUGGCCUGCAGCAAGGGCCAUGAGAAGUGUGCCUUGUUGAUCCUGGGGGAAACCCAAGACCUUGGCCUUAUCAAUGCAAGUAACAGUGCUCUGCAAAUGCCGCUCCACAUCGCAGCUCGCAACGGACUGGCCUCUGUGGUGCAGGCCCUGCUCAGCAGAGGGGCCACUGUGCUGGCUGUGGAUGAAGAAGGUCACACCCCAGCCUUGGCCUGCGCCCCCAACAAGGACGUGGCUGACUGCCUGGCACUUAUCCUCUCCACCAUGAAGCCUUUCCCCCCCAAGGAUGCCAUCAGCUCCUUCAGCUUCAACCUGCUCAAGAACUGCGGCAUCGCGGCCAAGACGGCAGCAGCCUGCGGGGCUCUGCCCAACGGAGCCGCCUGCGCCUACGGCCAGGAGCGCCACGGAGCCAUCGGCCUGGACGGCUGCUACUCGGAGUAGCCUCGGCUCUGGGUGACCCCCACCUCUUAGCUAUUUAUUUAGGAAGUCUAUCAGUGUAGGGCACUUGAAAGGAGAACAAGACUGGGCACAGCCUCUGCCAGCCUGGCCGGCCAAAAAGCCAAGAGUUCAGAGCUUGCCCCUUGGCUCCGCACCGAGAGCAGCUGGCACAGCCCCCUUGGUCCCUGCCCCUUCCCAGUCCUCUCUCUCUUGGGUUCAGGAGCAGCUGGCACAGCCCCCUUGGUCCCUGCCCCUUCCCAGUCCUCUCUACCUUGGGUUCAGGAGCAGCUGGCAGAGCCCCACGGCCCCUGCCCCUUCCCAGUCUUCUCUACCUUGGGUUCAGGAGCAGCUGGCACAGUCCCCUUGGUCCCUGCCCAUUCCCAGUCCUCUCUACCUUGGGUUCAGGAGCAGCUGGCAGAGCCCCACGGCCCCUGCCCCUUCCCAGUCUUCUCUACCUUGGGUUCAGGAGCAGCUGGCACAGCCCCCUUGGUCCCUGCCCCUUCUCAGUCCUCUUUCUGUUGGGUUCAGGAGCAGCUGGCACCACCAUUAGGGUGGCACUGACCCACAAACACACCCUGGUUGUCCCCCUGCAGAGGGCAAAGCUCAAACCUGGCACUUUCCAGCCCUCUCUCUAUUGGCACCUCUUUGACUGCCACAGGCCCCAGCCAAGGUGCCACCAUCCCUGCCCAGAUGCACCAAGGCUGUCCCCCAGCAGAGGGCAAAGCUUGAGCCUGGCACUUUUCAACCCUCUCCCCAUCACCACCCCUCUGGUGGCCAAGCAGGAGCUGGGUGCUGUGCCCUGAGGGCAUCACCCAGCCAAGGUGCCACCAUCUGACACCAUGGCAGUCCCCCAACAGAGGGCAAAGCUCAAGCCUGGCACUUCCCAAUCCUUUCCCCAUUGGUGCCCCUCUGCUGGGUGCUGAAACCUUCCCCUGAGCCAGCCCAGCCCAGUGCCACCACCUCACUUUGUCCCCCAGCCUCCAGGGUGGCAUCAGGCUGCUCCCACCCUUCCCUACUGCCCUGUGCCAGCUGCCCACCCUCCUGCAGCUCCUCCACUCCAUCCUGUGAGAGGGGCAAGCCCUGAACUCUUGGUGGGAUGGGGGUGGGAUGGGCAUGGAGG